UCCGUUAAAAUCCAUAGCCAACGAAAUCCAUCGAUAUUUGUGCAUUGUCGGCUCUAGGAGCGCGUGGUUUGGACUCUGGUGUUACCACGACCGGGUUUUACGUUUUACUGUCGGUGAAAGCGACGGUACCGUGAAACCGCCGCCAUUUCAGCAGCUCAAGGGAUGUAUGCAAUUGUGGAAUUUACGAUAACCCAAGAGAUGGAGAUCGUGCCUUGCACGUGGGUCACGGGAAACAACUGUUUAUGGCCGAAGGUGUCCACCGAUAAGGCUGUCAAGCUAGUGCGAAAGGGGGGGCCACCAGGACCAGGGUUUUCUGAGUUCGAGGUGACUGUGAAAGGACUAUUCAAUUCCUACGAAGAAGGGCGAUCUAAGUUGGAGCGGUCGCGGUUCACAUCUGAUCUCUCGGACGAGGAGAUACGCCCAAAGCGUAGGAGAUUUCGCCCCACACGCUGGAGCGAGUCCGACUCAAGCUCGGAUGAAUUCCCGGAAGCCCCGAUGCCGCUCUGCGCACGGCAGAACUCGCCCAGUAGCCAGAGACUGGAAUCACAGAGUGCGAGCCCGGCAAGAUCAAUACACAGUGAAAUGUCGCAAGCUGCACUAAUGCGAGGUGCUAGUGGUUCGUCGCAGUCGUCUAGCACUUCGAUAAACACGCUGGCUCCCAGUCCACAAGAUAAAGGUGCCUGUGGUUCGUUCCAGACACCUAAAACGUCAACAAGGACACCGGCUCCCAGUUCACGAAAUAAAGAUGCCAGUGGUUUUUCAACCGCAUCUCAAACAUUGACAAGGAUGUCGGCUCCCAGUCGAUUAGAUCAAGCACUGCAGGCUAUGCAACACAUGACGCCUAGCACCAGUGCUUCGACCUGCGCUGAUCUGCGGGCCACUGCUAGGAUCUUGAGUGCUGCUGAGUUUCAGCGACGGGUGCUGAAUGGGAUGAGCGUCAUGAGGAGCCAGCAGACGGAGAUAAUGGACAUGAUUUCGACAUUGCUACGAGCGCGUGAGAGUUUCGUUGUAGAGCCCAGCCAGCCGAUCCUCGUUGAUCCCCUCGACACUCCUGAAGCAAUUGAGGUGUUUGAUGGCGCUCUUACAGAUGCCACGAGUGAGGCUUUGGUAAGCAAUUGCUGUUAUCAAUGCCUGCCCAUACUCUAGUUUUUGUCACUUACUGAGGCAAGUAUUGGUGUUUGCAUUCUCUAGGCUUUGCUGUUAUGUCUUAUCCCUAGUGUGCAGCUAAGGUUAAGACAUGCAGAUAACAAAUAAGCUAGGAGCAAGCUGUGAUUUUAAAUCGAGAUGCAUCGAAGGGGUGAGACUGCCUGUUCUCUGGUAAGCAACAAAGGUGUUUGUAAUGGUGCUAUACUUUAGCAUUAUUUCAUGAGUGUAGAGCAAGCUCUGACUACUUCCGUAUUUCUUCAAAUGGCAACUCUGUCCCACAGUUCCAGAUCUUAGAGCAUGGGAAAUGACUAAUGAGAUAGAACAAUGACUAGGAGGUGUAAACAACUGCCCAAAUAAAAUAAAAUUUGGGCCCUCACAUUCCUUCAAUCUUUCUCAAGGUAUCACCAGUUCACUCAUACUGGCCUCGGAGAUAAAGAGGGGGUGUGAAUUGGCUAAUUGUAAAGCCUAGCCCAGUUAAUACAAGCUGUAAACCCAUUCAUGCUCAGGUUCUUUCUAUCCAGCUAACCUUGAAUGCCAAACAUUUUUGGCUAUACUUGCUUUCUGGGUAUCGUAAUGCUCCUUAUGUCAUGUCUUACGUUCCCCAGGCACCAGCCCCACGUUUUAUGUGCUCAAACACGGCAUUGGCAUUUUGCAUGGACAGUGAAUUGAGGAUUGCAUUUUCUUAUAACCAAGGUUAUUGCCCCAAGAUGAACC